AUGUCACCUCAUCCGCUUGCCUAUUGUUUCAGUCCUGAGAAACUGCCUACCAAACAGCAUUGUCUCAAGGUGAAGAAACUCUUAAAACUUGACAUUACCGAAAAGUGCAUCAUCUACCAUCGAGGAGCGGUGGAAUCAUUACGGGAUGGCACAGAUCUCGAGUUGGAUUUUCGCCAGAGUAGUCAUUUCUUUUACCUCACAGGUGUAGAGGAGCCGGGAUUUCAUACGGUGAUGGAUCUUUGCACCAAUACGGUAUACUUGAUUCCUCCUACAAUAUCCGAUGCCGACAGUAUAUGGAAAGGGCCAGGCGAGACCCCAAGGGAACUAUUGCAAAAAUACGAUGUGGAUGAAAUCGUGUCGGAAUCCAUGUUGCCCAAUUUACUCCAAGAUCUCAAUCCACAGACCGUGUACAUUCUGCAUAAAACUGAUACCACCAUGCUCGAUCGUGCCAGAAUCGACUCCAAUCGAUGGAAUACCACCGCCUUGAAACUGGCCCUGGAUGAAUCGCGGCUCAAAAAGUUCCCCUGGGAAAUUGAUUUGAUUAGGGAAGCCACGCGCGUCUCAUCCGAAGCACAUCGAGUGCUUAUGCAACAUGUGCGCCCGGGCCAGUCUGAGCAGCAUUUGGAAGCUUUAUUCCGCUGGACUUGUGCACAGAGUAACUUACCGAAACAAGCUUACUUGCCUAUUGUGGCAUCCGGAUCACGUGCAGCGAUUAUUCACUACAGUCGGAACAACCAUCCCAUCCCCAUCUCGGAGCAUACACUCGUCCUUGUAGAUGCUGGAGCCGAAAAACGGUGCUACGGCAGUGAUAUUACCCGUACAUUCCCAGCUACAGGCAAAUUUUCACCCGAAGCAAGAACGAUCUAUGACAUUGUCUUGUCCAUGCAAACGAUUGCACUGUCCAAUUUAAAGCCCGGCGUUAUGUGGACCGAUAUUCAAAAUCUGGUGCAAGAAGUCCUGUGUCGAGAGCUUGUGCGCAUCGGCAUUUUGAUAGGCGAUGAAGAAGAAAUCCUCUGUAGAAAUAUUCCGUCUGCCUUUUCCUUACACGGUCUUGGACAUUCACUGGGUUUAGACGUUCAUGAUGUUGGUGGGCGAGCCUAUACCUAUUGCGAAGGAGAAUACGUAUCCCAAUUCUUGUCCAAUCGACCUAUUGAGGCGAACAUGGUUCUCACUGUUGAACCAGGGCUCUACUUUCAUCCCACGAUCAUAACGGCUUGGACAGAGCAUCCUGAUUUACAAAAGUACUUUAAUAUGGAAAAGUUACAUCGGUACAGUGUCGUUGGUGGUGUGCGGAUCGAGGAUACAGUGGUCAUCACUGAAGAUGGCUACGAGAAUUUAACAACGGCACCCAAAACGAUCAAAGACAUUGAAUCCUUGAUGGCCUCCGGCCCCAGAUCUACACUUUAA